AACAUUGCCACCAAUUUCGAGCUGUUGAAAUAUUCAGCAGCACUAUCCUACCGAGUGGGGAUUGUUGUUCAGCCACUAAAUGUAGAACCUUCCAGAGAUUCACGGAGGAGAAAUGCAAAAACCAUCACAAGCGCCCAAUGGGAUUUGCCCACGGAGCAAGCGGCGGGCCAACUCUCAAUGGGAAAUAUAUGUUACGAAUUGGUGACACCGAUCCAUAUUGCGGUGAGUUUAAUUAAUUAAGGGGCUGAUUCUAUGGUGAGUUUUUAGCCCACGGGCUGAAUUUCAACUCGGUUUACGGAGACGAAAUCAGUAAAAUCUCAGCAAAACGGGAACUGAGUUUUAUAAACUCAUGAAAAUCAGAGCUAUUUAGGAAUCGUUCAUUGUUUAUGGGAGUGAGGAGCGUGGGUGAUUUUUUGAAAAUUUUAAUUUUUUUUCUGGACCCCACGUUUAGUCAAACUUGAAUUUCCAGCUCCCACUUCCUUGAACAAUGAUAUUUAAGUUCGCCUCCCCCCUUAUAGAUGAUCAUGCAUUUUUUUGGUAAAUAGAUGGUAAACCAUAAUAUAUAUUAUGGAAUUAUAGAUCUGAUCUGAUCUGACUGGUCAGGCCAUUGAAUGGAAAGCGCCCCAAGUUCUUCUACUGAAUCCUCUAAUGGCUCCAAAUUCUUCUAUUCUUCUUCUUCUCUCUCCGAGCAUUCCAUAGAUAAUAGAAGAGAAGGAUAGGGAACUAAUUGUUCUAUGUUUUUGUUCACGUUAUUCAUUUAUUCAAGUCAUUCACGGCAUUGUAUUUUCUGUAUAAUGAGGCAUUCAUCCAAUAGCAACGACUGGGUUGAAUUAAUCAGUCGCUUUACCGUCACGUGGUGGGUCGCUUUAUCGUGACGUGUCCAUAGAAUUUACUUCCAUAUAGGGCAUGUCAUUGUCUUUCAACAUGAAGUUAAUUUUUGCUGUGAGACAAUGGAGUUGCCUAUCCUUCUCUUCUAUUAUCUAUGAUCAUUCGUAACAGUUCGUCUGUUUCAUCCUUUAAGCUCCAGCUCCAUAUUCACUAUACUCUUCUCAAUUAGACUCUUUUUUCGAUGUUGACAGAAUGCGCACUUGGAAAACCUACUGCUCUAAAUGCCGUUCUUUCAAGUCUUUCAACUUAAGCUGUUGCUUAUAAUCUAAACUAUUAAUUUUUAUAUAGUUAUGUAAAUAGUGUUCUAGUCCUUGUCUUUAAUGUAUGUCUACUUAUUGUGUUGUAUCAGGUUGGUCUUCACAUGGGCCCCAUGUCCUGUUGACCAUACCUUCAAUCAUUGUUAAACUUUUCUAUGAUUGUUAAGUUAAUAAAUAAAUAAAUAAUAAUGAUGAUUCUGUUAAUUAAUAUUUCUUAAAUCUCUCAGCCUCUUAUAUUUAGCCCCCCCCCGUUUCUAAUUAGCCCAAUAUUUGUAUAUUGCAUACAAUGCCAAUGAUGUUGACAAAAUAUAUAUAAUCCAAAUCAUAAUUCGCAUGCUUUCACAUCUUUCUUGUAGGUCCCUGUAGUGGAAUUAAAAAGCACUAAAGACAAACAGACUGAGAAGACAUCUGUAUCAGAUACCAGUGCUGUCCUAUACUUGUAG